GUUGCAAGGCUGCACUUUGCUCCUCUUUCUUCCCUCAGGAAGAGUUUGUGAUAGUAGGGCUCAAACUAGGCCUCACUCAUCCCCAGGCUUUCCUAGUGUCUCAGCCCAGGAACGGUGAGGGAGAGGCGUUCAGGGCAACAAAUUUAGGCCCAGGCCUGACAAUGGAGGAACCGCUGAGGAAAUUCCAGGAGGCCGAAGGGGAGGCCGUAUGGGCUCUGGACCUCCCUCCAGCCGCUUUGUCCGCAGCUGAAGAGCGCGAUUUCGAGUUGCGUGGUUACAGGUUCGAAGCCGCAGCGGAGCAGCUGAGGCCACCAAGGGUGGUCCGCGUGGGGCUUGUCCAGAAUAAAAUCCAGCUCCCGACGGACGCUCCGGUGGCCGAACAGGUUGCGGCGCUCCACCGGCGCAUAGAAGAAAUCGUGGAAGUGGCGGCCAUGUGCGGCGUCAACAUUGUCUGCUUCCAGGAAGUCUGGACGAUGCCUUUUGCGUUCUGCACCAGAGAGAGGCUCCCUUGGACCGAGUUCGCGGAAUCGGCGGAAGAUGGGCCGACGACGCGGUUUUGCCAGAAGCUGGCCAAGAAGCACAACAUGGCAGUUGUGUCGCCCAUCCUGGAGCGCGACACCGCCCACAGCGAGACGCUCUGGAACACGGCAGUGGUGGUUUCGAACUCGGGCGCCGUGAUGGGGAAGACGCGCAAGAACCACAUCCCCAGGAUCGGGGACUUUAAUGAGUCGACUUACUACAUGGAGGGCAACCGCGGCCACCCCGUUUUCCAGACGCCGUUCGGACGCGUCGCAGUCAACAUCUGUUACGGCCGCCAUCACCCCCUCAAUUGGCUCAUGUUCGCCCUCAACGGAGCGGAGGUCAUCUUCAACCCUUGCGCAACCAUCGGGAAACUCAGCGAGUCCAUGUGGCCCAUCGAGGCACACAACGCUGCCAUCGCGAACCACUGCUUCGUUUGCGCCGUGAACCGUGUCGGGACGGUGAGAAAUUAUCCAAAUCCUUUUACUUCAGGAGAUGGAGAGAAGGACACCCACCGUGACUUCGGAUACUUCUACGGUUCUAGUUACGUGUCCGCUCCGGACGGCAGCCGAACCCCUGGCCUCUCUCGAACUCGGGACGGGCUCCUUGUGGCCGAGAUGGACCUGAACCUUUGCAGACAAGUCGCCGACAAGUGGAACUUCAAGAUGACCGGCAGAUACGAGAUGUACGUCCGAGAGCUGGCCGAAGCGGUGCGGCCGGAUUUUGUACCGAACAUCAUCAAAGAGUGAAUUAAGCAUUUAAUUAAGGAUUUAAUUAAAUAAGAAUUUAAUGUAAUUAAGCAUCAAUUAAGAUUCGUUUCCCGUAAUGAUUGUCCCAUUUAAUCCUUCCGUUUUCCGUUCAUCCUCAGCUUCCUUCCUUUGCAAACCCUCCAUCUAUUGAUGAAUUCAUUGAUCCGUUUAUUGACCGAUCGAUCAAUCGAUUGGAUGCAGACCUAACAAAUCCGCGUAACAAGCCUAAUUGAACCCAGAUCCUUACCCUUCCCGCUUUAUUGAUCGCUUUCUAAUAAAGUCCUGUUUUCUUAUGGAUCAAUACAGCUUGGCGAAUUGAAAAACCGAUCGCGAUCGAUUUUGAUCAAAUCGUUUUAUUAUCAUUAUAAUUACAAUCGAGAACGGCUUAUGACUAAAAUAAAUUUGCAUAUAAAAUUAA